UGCAUCAUCAAAACAAAAGUCUUUCUACUUCAUUCUUACAUAGUGUCUCUCUUAAGUCAUGACUACCGCUAGCAUUGAAGUUGAGGUUGCUUCUACAUACCCCGCUGAGACGGUUUUUAAGGUUUUCAAUAAAUUCCAUGAUAUCGCACCCAAGGUCAGUCCUCAAGCAUUCAAGUCCAUUGAGAUACUUGAGGGCGAUGGAGGUGUUGGAACUAUAAGGCUAUUCACAUUUGGCGAUGAUAUUCCAUUCACAAGUGGAAAGUUUAAGCAAGAUGUCAUCGACGUAAGCAACUUUAUCUACAACUACACAUUUUUUGAAGGCGAUAACUUGAUGGGGAUAUUAGACUCCAUUAACCAUCAUGUCAAGAUUGUACCAUCUGCUGAGGGAGGAUGUGUCUUUAAACAGACGGUCAUUUAUAACUGCAAAGGUGAUGAGAAACCACCUGUUGACGUUCUUAACUUUGAGAAAGAACUAUAUGAGAAAACCUACAAGGCUAUCGAGGCUUAUGCUGCUGCCCAUCCUGAAGUUUAUAAUUAAUUUAUAUUACAUGAAUGUGUGUCGUUAUCUGAAAUCGUUUCGUUCAGUGUUUUAUUCAUAAUAAUGGUAUGUUGCAGUAGUAUUCAAGUUAAAUAGUUGUCAUUGUAAUCGGUUUCUAUAUAAUACCGAUGAAUAAUAAUGCGGUAGUAUUCAAGUUAAACAGUUGUCAUUGUAACCGGUUUCUAUAUAAUACCGAUGAAUAACAAUGAGUGAUUAUAUCCAAUAUUUUGGAUGUUUUGGCUAAAUAA